CUUGUCAAAACAUUUGUCAGUUUUGUUCUCAAAAUAAUGAGAGUUGUUUGUUCGUUCAGAAAUCGGUGUGAAAUGUGCUACGAAAUUCUAAAUUCGUGAUAAUAUGUGCUAUGAUAUUUAUUCAACAUGGAAUAAUUAAUUUAAUGGAAAGAAAUUAGAAAUCAUUCAUUAUGGGAUCAAGAAUCAGAACCAAUGUAACACAUUUUUUUGAAUGCUUCUGCGAAGUUGUCCCUCCUCAAGGUGACAAUGAUGCAUGGAUCAUCCAACAGUUUCCUGAUAAGUACAAGGACGAAGGAGUUCUUAAAUCUGUACCUAAAUUUGCAUAUCCUUAUAAAGUGGAAAACACUGUUAUCCAGCACUAUUCCUUUGUACUCACAAAUAACGAGUCAAAAUGGACAUUUGGAUUUUGCAGACAUGAUCCAAACUCACAGACAGCUAUAGUUGUACUAAGCUAUCUACCCUGGCAUCAUGCAUUUUACAAAUUUUUGGACACUACAGCAUCACUCAUGCACAGCACAAGGGCAGAAGAUUUAAGGGAGUUCUUAACCUCAGUGUAUGAAGCCAAAAUAGCCGAACCAGGAAAGCAAUUUUCCGUAUCAUUCAAUAAAGAGCAGAGUAUCUUUUCGGUGGACGUUCCGAAACCGUUCCAGUUGCCCAGCAUCCCAGAAAAUAGUAAUCUCACGGAAUAUUAUAAUGCCGUAGAUUGUACCAACAUGAUGCAAAUAUUUGCUUCAAUGUUGUUUGAAAGGAGGAUUAUCAUCCGAUCCAAAAGACUGAAGAGAUUGAGCGCUUGCGUUCAAUCAGCAAACGAUCUAAUUUAUCCAAUGCACUGGCAACACAUUUUUAUUCCUGUGCUUCCGCUUUCUUUGAUCGAGUACCUCUCUGCACCUAUGCCAUUUUUGGUUGGAGUCCCAGAAGAGGUCAUGAAGAAGGUAAACCGUUCUGAGAUCGGCGAUGUUGUGAUAUUAGAUGCAGAUACCAACAGUAUUGAAAGUCCAUUCGAUGACCUGAGUAGUAUACCCCAAGAAGUCGUGGGUCCCUUAAAACGCCAACUUAAAAAUAAGUCAGCUUUAUUGGGAGAUGCAGUGUCUCGUGCCUUCUUGAGGGCCUUGGUUCACUUGAUUGGUGGAUAUAGAGACGCCCUCAGAAUGCAACCAGGAAAAAGUGUCUCUUUCGAUGAGGAAGUUUUUGUAGGAACUAGAUCGGCUUCUAUGAAGCCAUUUAUUAAGGAAAUGCUCAAUCUGCAGAUAUUCAGACAGUUUAUAGAGGAGAGACUGACUAUGUUGAACAAUGGCUUAGGUUUUUCUGAUGAAUUCGAAGUGGAAACAUUCAAAUUCUCGGAAAAGUCCAAUUCAAAAUUGAAACAGCAGUACAAAGAAUGGACGACCGCUAUGAAAUCUGAGGGAAAAGAGUUUUUCAAAAGUGUCAAGGAUAAGGCAAACCCGGCGGUCAAAUCGGCUGUUAAAACAGUAAAGGGAGGAGGAAAAGGUGUAAAAAAUGCCUACAAAGGUCUUCGAUUCCUAUUAAAAGAAGGUGAAGGUGCCCCGCAUCCGUUGCAAAAUGGAGCUAAUGACUCUGGAUCUAAAAGUAAUAAGCCAAGAUCAGCGCCUAGUUCUCCGACGUCUAGUAAGCGAAGAAUCGCCGGUUUGAGCGUCCCUACAGCAACUUAUAGAAAAGAUACAUCUCUACCCUUCAGGAGUUCUCCUUUUGAAAGGUCAUACAGUCCCUUGAGCCCAAGUUCCCAACCUCAUUCACCUGAAGGGAGCAACUCUAGAAGUGAAAGCCCGGAUAUCCCUAGAAUAGAUUUGAUGAAUGAAGUUCAAGAUUUGUUGAAACUGCGGCUUGAAAAUCCACCAGUAGACCGAUCGCUUAAACCUGUCCGUAGUCUCGAGAACUUCAAGCACGAAAUAUCCUACAACUCCUCACCCACAAGUCCCGACCAUUGGAGUGGUGCAUUCACAUCAUCACGCAUCGCACAACCACUUUUUCUUCCCCGUUUAGCUUCCCAGGACUCCGGAAAUUUACUGCUACAAUCCCCCGACGAUGUCUUUUCCUCCCCCCCAGCACCUCCACCUCGUUUUACACCGCCACUUCCUACCCAAGAUAUCUUUGGCACGUCAUCUUUUGUGGUCGGUGGAGGGCGAAACGAAAAUGGCGAUCCAUUAUUUUACGUUGCUCAUCAAGAUUCUUUUGAUAUCGUUAAGUUAUCACCGCCAGUUAUUAGAGCUUCCAGGCGCAAGCAAAACGAGGAAACUGAAGACCUCAUCCGUUUAGAUUCAACUUCAGAUGAAAUGGAUGAUUUUGAUCCAUUGAAAACCCCUCAGCAAACUGCAAAUUCUUCAUUUUUGCAUCGGAACACGUGCAAUGUUCCUCUGAGCAUAUCAAAUCCAUUGUAUGCCUAUGAAAACCAUAGUGUUAUGAGACAAAAUGGUAGUGUGCCUCUUACAACCUCGAGUAGAGAUCACGAUUUACUUCAAGAAUAUGGUAUAGACUUUAAUAGUUUUUCUAGUGUUCAGAAUAGAAUUUCAGAAUUUGAAACAGGUGCUGGAUCUAGUAAAGUGAAUUCUAAGAAUGAAUGGACUACUUUUGAUUGAGAUCAAAAAGAUUCGAUGGUAUCUAAUUUAUAGAAAAUAGGUUUUUACUAAAAAUUAUGUAAUUGAAUUUUUUCACAUGUAUUGAAAUAUUUUGAUCUAUGGCAUAACUUGUUUAUGCCACUAGAAGUCUAUUAACUGAUUCCGUAGGUCAUAUUGCAGAUUUUAGUGCCUUUUGAAGUUUAUCGCUGGUUUAUUGAAAAUUCGUCAAAAACGAAACGCUUAGCGAUUUACAAUUAAAUUAUUUAAAAAAAAAAACAACGGAAGCAAGAUUAAAGAACAAAAUAAUCAGUUCACAUCACUAUCCACUUGAAUUUUGUCGAACAAUUUCCAGAGCCAUAUCCACAAUCAAGAAUACAUAACAAAUAGAGAACAAAAUUCCCGAUGAAGGUAGAAGAAUUUUCUAAAUAUUGAUUGAUCGUGAAUGAGCAGGUUUUAAACAUAUGCACGUGAUGAGACGGGUAUUUCUGAUUCUUACCAAAUGUUGACAAUUCUAGAUUAAAUUGUUAUUGUUUCCAGCGUCUUAAAAUAUAAAAUAAAAAGUCAUAAUUUUUUUAUCAGAUAGCUAUGCAGCUGAAAUAUAUGUCGUUUCGAUUAAAUACAAAAAAUGUUGAAAUUUUGCGAUAAUAUGAAGGAAACAUCACUAUUGAAAGUAAAGCAUUCCAAAUUUAUCUUAAGAAACAAUGCUGGUACUAUAUGCUUCUGCCAAUUGAUGGGUUUUAUGAUUAUUGAAUUUUAUCAGUAUGAUUUUUGUGCUUUUAAUCCUCUGUUUUUUAUGAUCUACACUGUAAAUAAUUCCCUCUAUAAUUUAUAUGUAACAUUUGCAAUAUUUUUCGAUAACUAGAGUGAAUAUAAGUUUUUAUACUUAUCUACAUGAAUGAUAUAUGUACAUGAAUUUCAGUUGUAUUUUUAUCAAUAUUAUUGGAAAUUAGAAAAUUAAUCUAAUUAUUAACUAUCCAUAUGUCGAAAAACAUUUUCAAAAGAAUACAUUACCAUCACAAAUGAAUUUCAUGUACAUAAAUUGCUUCAUGCGAUCUACUAUUGAAAAAAUAUGAUUUUACCUUAGAAUUACUUAGCUGUGAUAUUAUAUUAAAACCCCCUACUGAAAUAUAUGAAAUGAUAGAAUUUUGUUGAUUUGUAUGGAUAACUCAAUUAUUUCAAGGACAUAUCAUUUGUGGAAUUGAAAAAGUACAGGCAGGUGUUAAUUCAUAUGUGUUUGCACAUCUGCUGUUAGGUAUUUUGUUCUAUUUGCUCCAUUUGCAAACUGUUUGAACUUUGAACUAUUGUUUUUUUGAGACCAAAGAUCAAUUCUUUGUAGGGACAGUAUUAUCAAAGAGUAAGUUGAUCUUUAGUAUUAUAAUGUCAAGAUGACCAUGGGUCAUCAGGCAGAGAUGAACAGACAGCAGACAACCAUAUGCUACUCAUAUUGAGCGUCCACUAAAAAAUAAAUUUCUUUACUCAA